GUGGGAGGCUUGCCCCCGGAAGCCCAUAAGGGCGGUUUCCAAUCCAUGUGCUCUCUUGUCACUGUUGCGGUUGCUCGUGAGGUUAAUAGCAUUACACAGAAUCGCGGAUGGCGAAGACGGAUCAUGGCUGCCGGCUACAGGAUCGAAAGGUGGAAGCUUAGGCAGUACGUACCGAGCUUUCUCUAGGUUCAUAGUGCAGUUGAAGUUUCUCUGCGAUUUUGGAUCCUUUCGCCAUACCGCGUGCUUCUUUUACUUCCCCAAAGCAAUACCAAGCACGCGACGAUCAGAUGCAAGAGUGGCAUGAAUUUGCACCCUGUGGGUUAUCAUUCUGCGUAAGGUCGCGCAAGUAAUCACAGCUAUAGCGCUGGACUAAUGGCCCUUGACUAUUACAUUUACCAAUCAUGCAUUGAAGGGUUCCCUACCUGGAGAACCGCCGAUGCGCGUCCAAACAGAAACACCAAGCUUUCAACCCGUGUCUUUAACCAUAAGCCAACAGAUGAGCGCCACGAGACAGAGAGCUGACUUGCGAUAUUCGGUGCACGCGAAUUGGCGAGGAGGAGAGUUGGGUUAAGCCUCUUACGGCACAGCAAUGCCAACAAUGACUACGGGUAGUCUCGCGCAUAAGCCAGCUGAUCGGUAUGAUAGCCUGAUGCUUGAACAAGCAAAAGCCAAAGGCAUCUCGUCAAAGAUGGAGGUCAAGUCGUAUAGCAGCAGAUGUCCACGGAUUGCGAAGAGGUUCGCAGCUGGGAAAGGUUCCCGAACAGCAGCUGUUGCCUUUUUGCCAUGGCAUCGUCGGUAGGGAGACCAGGCCCAUUAUCUAGUGGUGUCGAUAACAACCCCAAACCUUCCGAUUUCAUCAUUCCAUACUUGAUGAAUCAUGCUCCGGCGUUCAAAAAACUGUAUGAAGUCCAGCAACGUGUUUGGGAGAGUUCCAAAGCCGACCAGCAUUUUCAAAACCAACGAUCACGAGCUGAUCACGCGAAUAAAAAGGUUGCCAGGUCUUUCUUCAAUAUGAUGCGCGAGAUUGCCGAAGAGCUACACGCAGCGACGAACGCAUUCUCAGUCACGAGCCUUGGCACACAACAGCCGCGGAUUCUUGACAUGUGCGCCGCUCCUGGAGGUUUCCUUGAGACCGCACUUGAGAUGUGUCCUGAAGCUCGAGUAUUGGCGUUCACUCUACCUCUUGCGGACGGGGGUCAUAGAGUCCUGUUGAAGAGAGACAGCAGAGUAAAGUUCAAAUUUCUUGAUAUCACGAUGCUGGCUGAAGAUAUGAAUAUGGGUGUCAUACCAGCCAAUAACGAGCAGUCUGGAAAGUUCCUUCCACGGAAAAUUGCGCCCCACCUUCUGUUUCGCCUCGUUCUUUGCGAUGGAUAAGUGCUCCGGACGCAGAAACGACCAGAGUGUCGGGAACCGCGAGAGGCUCGCCGGCUUGUAUCAACACAAUUGGCUCUAGGCCUUGAACACACGGAACCGGGAGGGACCAUGAUCAUCCUCCUCCACAAGCUUGAGGAAUGGGACACAAUCAUGCUUUUGUACACCUUUCGAAAGUUCUCUACAAUCACAUUGUUCAAGCCCAAGACGUUUCACGCCAAGCGCUCGUCGUUCUACAUGGUGGCCUCAGACAUUCGUAGCCAAAGCCCCCAAGCGAC